CAUCCACAAACGGGCGGAGUACGCCAAGCACGCUGCUCGUCUUGGCUCCAGAUCAGCCUUCUCGGCAGACUGGGGCAAGGCGGAAUGCUUGAUCCCUGGACCAGUAACGUCCUUUCAUCAAUCAUCGGGUCGACCUAGGUCGUAUGUGACCUUCUCCUUGGAGCAGUGAUAUGCCAUGUAUACAAAGAUGUCGAUAAGGAAGGACAGCAUGUCUUGCCAUAUACUGCGGCCUGGGGGCCUACAAAAGGAGAUGCUCUGGGACCGAUUGACCAGCUCCUUCCAGCCUUCCUCUGGGUAGAACUACUUGAUCGAUCAUCUCUGCCCUGGACCUCCUCUGGACUCUCUCACACGACAACGAGUGGACUUUCGUUUGUGUGACUCUCAUCAUGUAUCGUCUCGCUACCUUUGCCGCCCUGGCAGGCAGUGUGUUGUGCAAGGAGAAGCCAAAGGACUUUAGCAUUGCAGCCGAUAAGUACGACAGCGGGACUAUGCACAUGGAAAUCAUGGCCACCAAGCGAGGCACAUUCCAGCGUCAGCGUGACAGCGGCGCCAUGAACUCGGAGCAAUACAUCGAGCUCCCUUUUGCCAAUUGUCGGGAUGGAAAAGCCCAGCCGUUCAGGAACAAUGCUACACUGGCCUUUCGCUGCAACAACCUCAACCUCCAUCACUUCCUCUCCCACGCCGCUCUAGGCAGCGCAACCGGCGAGGGAUCCUCCUCAUGGGGCUGGACAUCCGACGACGGCCGAGAGUUCAUCGCCAUCGCCCAAGCCGACGGCGCAGCCUUCGCCCAAGUCACCACAGCCGGCAAGCUCGAAUACCUCGGCCGCCUGCCCAAGACCAGCGCCGCCGAGCCCGAGAUCUGGCGCGAAAUCCGCGGCUACAACAACUACAUGAUCAUCGGCUCCGAGGCCGAAAAGCACAACAUCCAGAUCUUCGACAUGACCAAGCUGCUCGACCUCGACAACCGCAACCCCGUCACCUUCAACCCCGACACCGACGUCACCGGCAUCUUCACCGACCUCCCCAUCGGCCGCACCCACAACGUCGUCGCAAACCCGGCCUCGGGCUUCGCAUACUCCGUCGGCGCCGCCCCCCGCACAGAUAAAUGCCGCUCCGGCCUCAUCGCAAUCGACAUGUCCGACCCCGCUCACCCGACCUCCCCCGGCUGCGCCGCCAUCGACGGCUACGUCCACGACGCCCAGUGCCUCAUGUACAAGGGGCCCGACGCCAAGUACGCCGGCCGCGAGAUCUGCUACGGCUACAACGAAGACUCGCUCUCCAUCUACGACAUGUCCGACAAGCUCGACCCGCACCUCGUCUCCGUCACCUCCUACGACGGCGCCGCCUACACCCACCAGGGCUGGGUGCUCGACCCGGACUGGCAGGAAUACCUGAUCAUGGACGACGAAUACGACGAGUUUGACCGCGUUGGCCCUGCGGCCGACGGCCAUCCUGUCACCUAUAUCUGGGAUAUCUCCGAGCUGGAACGACCCAGGCAGACGGGCUACUACAAGAGCACCGCCUACUCGGUCGAUCAUAACCAGUAUAUCGCGGGCAAGUAUGCGUAUCAGAGUAAUUAUGGCUCUGGGUUCCGGAUCUUGGAUGUCUCGUCUAUCCCCGCGGAUCCGACCGGGGCGGGGGUGAAGGAGGUGGCGUUUUUUGAUGUUUACCCGGAGGAUGAUGCGGAGCCGAAUGGCGGGGUUAUUGAUUUUGUGGGGACGUGGUCGUCGUAUGCGUUGUUUGAGUCGGGGUUUAUUGUUGUUAAUACGAUUGAGCGGGGGGCGUUUGUGUUGAAGGUGCAGAGUUUGGGGUAG